UAUUUAGUUCCCAACUUCCCAUCCAAAGUCUCUACUUGAAAGGCCUGAUAAGCAAGUUGCUUUAGUUUUGAUUUGUUCUUAUAAUUGUGAGUAUAAGUGGAGCAGUCCAAUGGACAGAAAUUUUGAAAUACCAUCUUUUCCUGUUGCUUUUGUGAAUAAACCACUUCUUUAUGUGUGUGAGGCUUUUGUGAAUAAUGAUAUUAGAUGUGUGAGGACAUUUGAUGUCCAGUCUUCUCCAACAUUUGAUUCUCCAAGUAAUGUAACUUCAACUAAUGUUAAGGAUGCUUCAAAACAUAUUCAAAGAAGACCAGUGCGAACUAUCCAGAUGCCUAUCCCUUACUUUGCGUCACUGGAAUUUACAAAAGAUGAGAUAAUGCAAGCUACAAACAACCUUAAUAUUCCUUUGGGAAGUGGAGGUUUCGGUAAAGUUUUUCUUGCAGAGAACUUAAGAAGUAAGGGGACUAAGGCAGCAGUGAAAGUUCUCAAUUCAGAAGGAGCUCAGGCUUUGGUUGGUACUACACCUUCUACUCAGAUAAAGGCUGAGUUAUCUGCUCUUAUGUAAUUCAGACACCAGAAUGUGCUAGAUGUUAUGGGUUAUUGUUUUUGUGAAAACUUUCGAGCUUUGGUUUAUCAGUAUAUGUCUAAUGAUACAUUGUAUUCUUGAAUUCAUGAAGUUUGUAGUAUACAUGUAUGUACAUGUAUGUGUGAUUUAAAAUUUUUUAGCCUUCUAAGUUUUUAAACUGGCCAAUUAGGAAGUCUU